AUGCCUUCUUUCAAGUCCUCCCUUCUGGCCGCGGCCGUCACCUCCCUGGUAGGCGUGUCAGCGCACUACAACUUUGAGUCUCUCAUUGUCAACGGCGAGGUCACAGGUCCGUACCAGUACGUGCGCUCGACGACCAAUUCAAACAGCCCCGUCGAGAAUGUGGCCUCGGCCUCCAUGACAUGCAACCAGGGCGGCAACAACGCCGACAUUCGCGCCCGAACCGCCACGCGCACCGUCCAGGCUGGCGACGAGCUCGGCUUCGCCGUCAACGCCGACCUCGGCCACCCGGGGCCCCUCUCGGUGUACCUCUCCAAAGCCCCCGGUGCGGCGAAGGAUUACGUCGGCGACGGCGACUGGUCCAAGAUUUACGCCCUGACAACGCGCCGCUUCGACCCCAACACGGGCGUCGACUGGGCGCCCUUUCCCGCGAGCAUCGGCAUCAAGAACUUUACCUUUACGCUGCCCGCGCAGACGCCGCCGGGCGAGUACCUCCUGCGCGCCGAGCACGUCGGUCUGCACGCCGCGCAGAACGUCGGCGGCGCCCAGUUCUACAUUGGCUGCGCGCAGAUCAAGGUCGAGGGAUCGGGCACGGGCACCCCUGGUCCCACGGUCAAGAUCCCCGGCGUGUACACGGGCCAGGAGCCCGGGCUCAAGAUCAACCUGUACUGGCCGCCUGUCACAAGCUACACGGCGCCGGGGCCGGUGACGUGGCCGAACAGGUGUGAGGACCACACGGCGAACCUGAAUGGUCGGGCGAGCGAUGGUGACUGUACCCCGCUGCAGUAG